UGCGCGGUCGUGUUUUGGCAGACUGAAAAGAUGGCGGAUCGUUGUUUUCAAGAUCGCUCGCGCUCACGUUACGUCGGCGGGGCACAACGAGUCACGGCACGGCUUUGAGACUGAUCUCGCGUGAAAGUUGACAUGCCGCGCACGCGGUAAUCCCGGUUGUGGUAGAUCGUCGUUGUGUCAGUGAUAGACGCGCGUGCGAUCGCAUCGCGUAGUGUUCGCCGCAUCGUCUCGGCGUCAUUAUCACCGUCAUCGCCGUAGUGGUAGUGGUGCUGGAUUGUGUUGGUGUUGAUGGUCGUCGUCGUCGUUGUUCCCCCGUGCAAAACUGUAUAAAUCACAUAAGUCCUGACGAACAGUCCCCCUGACGUGCCACUGGCGCGUCCAAGGAUCGGCGCGUGGACGCCGUCAAGUCGGCAAGAUGGACCGCGUGCUCUAUCGUGAGUUGUUCUAACCCCUCUGUCGCUGUUUACCGCUCGUUCCCUCGCGAGAGAGACGCGAUUUGGUUAGGUUGCUCGAAUCGAGGCUCGCGCCGAUUCUCUAUGACAUCGGAACGUUGUCGCGCGUGUUUCUCGCGACGACCCACGUUGACAAUGUGACUCGUCGAACUUGGUGUCUGCGACUUGCUAACGUAUGACGGACAACGUGCCCGCGAUGGCGAGCAACGAUUUCGACGCGGAGCUCUUCGAGCGAAGGCUCUUCGCGUUGAAGGAUUCGCAGGAAUCCAUCCAGGGUCUUUCCGCGUGGUGCCUGGACAGAAGACAACAUCACAAGAAGAUUGUCGCCACAUGGCUGCAGGUUUUAAAGAAAGUAAAAGUGGAACAUCGGCUCACGUUGUUCUAUCUGGCAAAUGACGUUAUUCAAUACUCGAAGAGGAAGAAUUUCGAGUUCGUGGAGUCCUGGGGCACUUUUCUGCAACGUGCGACACCUAUGGUCCGCGACGAGAAAGUGAAACAUCGUAUACUGAGAAUCUUCAAAAUCUGGGAUCAACGGCAAGUUUAUGACGAGGAGUUCCUUGCCGAUCUGUCCGGCUUAAUUUCAGCAGCACCAAAAAAGAAAUUGGAACCCCAGUCAACUUCGCAGUCCGAUGAGUUUCAGGCAGCUUUGCUUAUUUCCACAAUGAGGUCUUGCUCAACUCUGGAACAAGCUACAGAUGCCAGAUUGCGUGAUCUCCGGGAGAGCAACAUAGAUAUAGAAUCUGCAGAGGAGUUACGCGCGUCCUUAAAAGACAGAAGACGCGUAGAAGAUGCAGAAAGAGAAAUCGAUUUGGUCGCUAGGAAUGUUGAGAAUUAUGUUCGUGCAUUAGAAGCAGAAAUUGGAGAAAGGAAACAAGUGGUUGAAUUGUUGGAGCAAGCGGAUCAGUUUUAUGAGACUCAACGUGGAGAAGUUAAAAUAGUAACCAAUGCGUAUCGAAAUUUUGGUAGUCGUGUCAAAAAUUUGAAGAAAAAGUUAGAUGAAUUACUGCCCACAUUUGUCUCACCUAUACCGUCGCCGGACAUAAAUGCACCCUCCCCGAGUCCUGACAGUGAUAUAGAGCUACCAGGAGAUGAAACUCAGCCGGUGAAUAAUCAAUCUGAAAUGAUUGACGGGGCACCGCCAUCUCUCUACAGUUCUUAUUCUCACGAGUAUGAACCUAUACCUGUACCUGCGCCUGAUAUGGUACAAGGCAAUGAGACAACAGAUUUUACCAAUAAUUUCCCUUCUUUCAUGGGAGGAAAUGUAGAUUUUGGUAAUAUGAGAAACUUGUUUAACGAAAGCUCUGAGGUACCUUCCAGGAUAUCUCAGUACAAUGAAUCUUUAGAGGCAAAACCAAUAGAAGUAAUCAAUAUGAGACCUUCGAAAAAUGGCAAGAACAAUGCGGAUUUCAAUAUAUCUAGUUUUCUGAAGACAGUUCUUCCAUCUUCCGAUGAAACGUCAGAAUUAGGUGGAAUUCCUGGUCUAGGCCUGGACGUUUCUGAAAAUCGAGUGGAAUCGCCACAACGUCCCAAUUAUAGACAUUCACCCUCAUUAGGACCAGUGACACCUGUGAUCUCAAGAAUGAUGAGCAAUCAGGGCACAUCAUCCCUCAGUGGAGGAAGUGGUUUAAACAAUUGUCAGAUGAGUCACAGCACUCCGUUGCCAGUUCGCAAUAUGUCUGAAUCGCACACCCCCUCUCCGUAUUCCAGUCAAAAUAGUCAAAGUAACAUAACUGGUUCCUUUGAUGGUCCUUCCAAUGCCAAUACGGUUGUUAACCCUUUACCUCCUCCACCUUUACCACCGCCUAUCUUCCUCGAUGACGAAAAUUGUUACAACAAGUUACCUCCAAAAUUUCCCACAUGGACGCCGCCGAACGAGGGCCAUAUUAAAGACUCGGCCAAAUGGGAGGAAAAAGGCAAAAACAGCAUGAAUCCUACAUGGCCUGGCGACGGUGACGAUAAAAACAAGACUUCGUGGAUGGACAGUGAUGGGGAUAGAUGGGACUCCAAUAACGAUUCCACAUGGCCGAUUGAUAGGACGAAAAAUGAUAUACUUUCCGAAACUCCCGAAUCGCCGCCUAUAUAUGAGAAAGCUGGUUUUACUGAACCAGUGGAGUACAACGAACCACAACCACAAGAAUCUCUGAAUACCACUGGAGAUGUGGAUCAUAGAGUGAUUCCAAUCCCAAUGACUCGUGAGAAUCAAUUACCGUAUCGUUUGAUGAAAGCGGCGGAUGUAGAUCAUCGCAAUUUGAUUAGUCUCACUGGUAGUCCAGCAAAUCACCAUAAUCUUGGUGACUCAUCACUGUCUUCUUUACCCAAUAACAACAAUCUAUGGUCUACAGGCGAUCAGGAUUAUAGGCGACACAUGCAGCCUGGCGACAUUGUCGAGAGCGUUGACAUGGAGAUGUCAGAUGAUGAGACCGAUAACAAGCCGAAAGGCAGGGUCCUCGUCGAUCUAAGGUUGCAGGAUCGCGACAUGCGUGUUGGUGCACCGCCACUAUCCCAUCACGACAUGGACAUGCGUAUGAUCCCUCUUCCCAUCGGACAAAUGCCCGGCCCGCGCGAUAAUCAGCUCAUGCAAGAUGUACAUUUGAUGCGUUCAGGACCACCUCCACCGCCGCCUCUCCCGCCGUUUCAACAUCAGAAUCAAGGUGGUUUCCGACAAGAACAGCCGAUGGAUUUUCAUCCAAAUCAACCAAAGUUUCAGCAGAAUAGACCACCGAACUUCCUACGAAAUCAACCGGACUUUCAUUCAAAUCAACCAGAAUUUCGUCAUCAACAGCAGCAAGACUUUGAGUAUUGCGACAGAGAACACAAUAUGCGUUCUAAGCAAGAUUUUUUGACGGAAUCACCAGCGCGCGGGAGAUACUCGCAAAUGGCGGAUCAUCAGCAUCACGACAAUUUAUCUUUCCAUAGAAACGAAUGGAGCAAUCGCGGUGGUGGGCGUGGAUUUUUGAGAAACCGGCGAGACAGAUACUCGGAAGAUCACAAUGUACAAAAGCAACGGAACAAUCUAAUGAACAAUCGCAAGUCGAGAUCGCAGGAUCAGCAACAUCGCCAAUCACCGUCGGAAAUUCUGCCCAACAAUCGAACGAUAUUACAACCACCUGAUACCGCCGUUAUCUUUGACGAGGAGGGUAUGCCUAUCGGCAUGCCGGAAUUCGAUCAGGAUAACAAUGCGUUGUCCGACAAAGCGAAUGUUCAAGCAGAACUGGAACGCGAUUCCGAUAAUUGUCCGAGUUCUUCGGUAUCACAUACGCGACGGACUUCGCAUGACAUGCCAAGUUCUCAUGAUUCGGAGCUCAAGCAACAGCAGGGUUAUCAAUUAAGUCCCGAUCACGAGCAGCGGGCUUCGGUUGAGUCGGAAGAUCAGCCAUCGUCGAUAAAUCAAAUAUCGGUUAUUCCAAUAAGAGCGGAUAACAUUGACGAUGAUCAACAAAAGCACGUUCCUAUUUCAGAAUGUGAGGAGCACAUUGAGUCGACCGAGCACUCCGAUCUCGCGGAGAAUACAAAUGCGACUGAUAACGAACCAAUUAAUCAGGGACAGAAUGUAAAUUCCUCGGAAAAGGAAUUAUUAGACGAGUCGACGAGUUCAAUUAUUUUAGGUAAAGAACUGAAAAGAACGACAAACGGCAAUUGUGACGAACAAAGUCACGAGGAAGGAAGCCCCAACAAAAAAAGGCCUCUCUUGCAAAAUGGACCGCAAAUAUCGAACAAUGACUUAUCUGGUCCGAACGGUCCCACAUCGAUAAUGGAAUCGCAUCCCGCUAUGUACGAAUACGAUGGGCCAAACUUUCGGCCGCGCCUUGGUGCUCCUUUCCCGCUCUGGCGAGGUGGACCUCCUCCUCUUCCUCCUUCAAGAGGAGGUAGAGGAGGUUUCAGGGGUGGGCCCGUGGGGCCACCGCGGGGCCCAUGGAUGGAUAGGGGACCACGUGGUCCCGCAGCCGGCAACUUUUCGCCGAGAGGCAUGAAACGCGGAGGCAAACAGUUUUGGGGCGGCGGUGGUUUCUCUAGAGGCCGAGGACGAGGCAGUAACUGGUAGAUAAAGCGAAAAACUUUGAAAGACUCGACGACUCUCUGUCGUCGUAAUCCGAUGAGAUAUAUAUGCGAACCACUCUGCGUUUCGCACUUUGUAAAUAAACGAACCGACACGGCAUUCAUGCUCGCGUGCGCGCUCAUAUAUACAUACACACGUGUGCACUCACAUUCAUACACAAACACACAUAUAUACACAGAUACACACACACUGACAUAUAACAUAAAUUCAGUUGGUUCUGAACAGUGAGAUCUUCAAUAAUGGAGGUUCUUCUACGCGAUUGAUUCGCCUAUAUAAAUAUAUAAAUAACAGAAACUAUAUAGAUACAUAUACAUAUAUAUAGAUAUAUGCAUACUUAGUAGAUGUUUCGUUAAAAUUUUAACGAGUGUUAUCGAAGCGGCUUGCGUUCGCAUACAUGUAUAUACAUGUGUACACACAAAUAUGUGAUUAUCGAGUCCAGUAAAUCGUUAGGAGCAACGUAUAAUGAAUUUGGACGUGAUACGUCGCUCAUAAUCGCUGCGAUAAUGACUACGACAGUCGCUACUUCCUAGGUUUUUAUGUCAGGAGGGUUUGUGUUGUUUAUGUAUGCGCAGAGAACGACUGUAACUUGAUAAAUUCGCUGUCUCGAAAGGCCGCUUUGAGGUCGAGUACCGGAAAUCGCAAAAACCACAAUAAUUAGUUAAAUGACGGUAAUUAAUUGAUAACAUUGAUUGGAACCGAGCGUAAUUUCGCUGAGCUCAAAUUUCCUGAUUUAUGAAAAUCAUGAAUGUAGAAUAAUCACAUUGGCAAAAAAGUUCUCUUACUCUUAUCGAAAUUACGGCAGUUUCAAUUUUUGACUAAUAAUAUGUGUUUCUGAUCCGAUCGCUGUGACCUAUAUUUCACAUAUCUAUUAUUUCCUUUCCUCAUCCAUCUUCCAAAAUAGCAAUCACUUGUUUAUCCUCCACCUAUAUCUUCAACUCAUCUAUGUUCUCCGCCAUUUGGUCGAGGUUCAUAAGAGAAGAGAAAAAGGAAAAAUGGAAAACAUACAGUCGUGUCAAUGAACAUUUUUAAGGUGUACUAAUAAAAUACAGUGUUUAUGUUCUGGUCCGCUUCGUACAUUUUCCCUAUUGUUAUUUCUCGUUUAUACUCGUAGGUGAUGAAUGUUUUUUUCUUGAUCAUAGAUUCAUCAUUCAUAAGGAAAAAAAAAAAAACGGCAAUAAUAUUGAUCCGUCAAUAAUCCGGGAACUCAACUGAAAGCGUUCAAUUCAUUUUGUGUUGUCAAAACUAUAAAAUCACAAAAGUAUUUCGUUUUUAAUAUCGAAUAUUCGAAACGUAGACUGACGAUUGUAAGCUCUUGUAAUAACUAACGUUUUUCUGUUUGUGGUUGAAAAAAGAUUGUAAAAUGAAUAAGACUUUAAUGUCGGAACGAUACGCUUGCUUCAUUAGCCUUUCGCCAAAUUCUUUAUUUUUUUAUUUUUUUGUUUUACAAUUGCUAUUCAAACGCCACCAAAAAGUUUAUCGCGAAUUUCGCGUUCUCUUUGGAAGUCUCUUAAAAAUCGAUUUUAAUUUUUAUUAGGUCCUUCGAAAAUCAAUUUAAUUUUUAUUAUAUUUGUUGUAAUCAAUUAUACAUUUAUUCUCUCCUCGGUUUAUAAUCAAUUUAACAUUAAGGGCAAGCGAAUCAUUGCGACAUUCGAAUCUAGUGUAGCAAGCGCAUAAAAAAACCGAAAUUUUCUCUCUCUUCUAGUUGUUUAAUAAAAUAAUACUGAGGACCUUUCUCUCUCUCUCUCUCUCUCUCUCUCCAACUCUCAAGUUUGAUCGACGAAACUACUCUCGUUCUCAACGACGCCGUUUUACCGACGCACGCAGGUCAUUCGCGACUCGUAAAUGUAUUGUUACUAUUACGAUUACUGCGAGAACGUAAAACGCACAUAUAUAUAGAUAUAUAUACACGCAUCAUUUCGACGUAUAUAUUUAACCCGUCGUACUUCCCCUUUCUUUUCUUCGUUUUUUUUUUCUCGACGAGGAUCGUGAUCUCAAUACGCACUGCCUUUCGCAUUCCUCUUCUUUAAUUUCUUCCACACGUAGUUGUAGAAAUAUGAGGAAGAGAUACGAUUUAUCGAUCCGUUUUGUAGCUCGUCGUCCGUUUCAUUCCUUUCCGACCCCACACGGUGAUGGCGAUUAAAUUAGAUUAGUUCAUCAGUCGGCGAGCGAAAACAAAGACGAUAUUGCUUUAGAUCACGCGCGGGGCGGGAGGGAAAGAGGGAUAUAUGCGGAACACGCACGUGGAAUAUGCAACCGCAAUGCAAUCUCAUGAAUAAGAUGACAGUAUCCUAAAUGAGGAAAAUAUUUUCGAAAAAUUCUGCGUCUUUUGUAGCAUAUGCGUCGAGCGGUCAUGUAAAACUCCUGACACUUUCGGAAGAUGUAAUAUAUGUCGGAAAAUAUACAUUUACAAUGUAGGCUGUCUCGAAUGGGUGUAAAUUAGUAAUAGAAUUUUAUCCUCGCGAUGCAUGUAAAGUUCGUGACGUUUCUUUCCUUCCUUCCGAAGAAAGUAAAGUCACACGAUUUUCUUUUCCUUCUUUUCAUUGAAACGUCGAUCACGAAAAUAUAAAUAAGACUUUUACUUAUUCCGAUCUAUUUAUUAUGUAUUUGUAAUUAACCGAAAUUGUGUGAAGCUACAGUUUGAUUUGUGACCUUAAAUAAGAUAAUUGUUAAUUAACAAUAUAUUACAAAUAGCUGAAUAGAUAAUUUCUUGUUAUCGGCUUAAGUUUUGCAACUUAAAUAAAAGAGUUCCUUGCAGUUCCUUACAGGCGUUAAAGUGUUAAAUAAUUGAAUUUGCUGAUAAUUACAAUAAAACAGUGUCGAAUGAAUUGUUUCAAUAAACAGGGUGCUCCAAAAGUGUACAUUAACGUCAAAAUCUUUUUCUUUAAUAAUUAUUUUAUCCAUUUUUUUUCUUUUAUAUUAAUAGAAUUAUGUUUUUAAUGUUAAUAACAGAAAAUGUUUUAUUAACGAUAAAAAUUACACAAACAGAAAUAAACUUGAUAUUUUUAAACAAAAUUUUUUAUUUCGUGAAGGCUAAUCCAAGGCUUACUUGAACAAUAACUUGAAACAAAAAUUUUAGACGAACAAGAAUCUUUUUGCAGCGCUAUUACUAAUAUACACAUCACAUUUGAGACAGCCUAUACAUUCGCGUACAUACUACGCCUUUUCUUCCAGAAAUUACAUUACUUGAAAUUUCGAUAAUGGAAUUAUCUUUCGUUAUCAAAAAUGUGCAAUUUGUGUCAAUUUAGUAUGAGAAUUUUAGCUAAAAGUGCCUUUUUCACUAAAACAAAUCUCCAAUCUUACUUUUGUGAUGGAAAAUAUAAUGUAUCUUAUACUCUAAUGGAAGAAGAGAGAAGAGGGUACAUGUAAUAAAAUUAUAAGUGCUUCUA